GACAUUUCUCGCGGUUUCAUUGUGCCGCGAUAUUUAUUCAAACUCUGAAUCAUUUCACUAUUACUGUUUAACGUACACUUUAAGCAUAAAAUUUAUUGUCAUUGAAAAACUAAGAAAAGCAAUAUUGACCAAGCGCAUUUUGGAAUAAUUUUUGGAAAAGUAACAUUCUCGUGCGUAUAUUCAGUGCCCGCUGCAUCGAAUAAGUGACAUUUUAAAUUAUUUUCAAAGAUAAUUUCGCUGCCGGUUGAAUUCACGCCUUACAUUUGUCGAAAAUGCUUUGGCAAAAGGAACCGAAUAAUUCAUCGUACAAAAACAUCUUUGGAUUCAAUGCUGACUCUCUAGCUGAUCAGUUCAAUUCAUUAAAUGUUCAUGCUCGUCCGAAUCAGAAAUGUGACAGCUCAUCCACAAUAUACCGACAACAAGGCAACGAAAAAGUCAGCCAACAAAUGUGGCACGAGGCAAUGCAGCUCUACAACAAAAGUUUGUGUUAUGCUGAAAUUGGAUCAGAAAACAUCAGUUUGGCAUAUGCAAAUCGCUCUCUGUGCUUUCUCAAGUUACAAAUGUAUAACAAAUGUGUAGCUGAUAUCGAAAUGGCUAUACAAGCAAACUACCCAGUGCAAUUGAUACCGAAACUGGAGCAGCGCCGCACAUAAUGCCUAAAUGAAUUGACGAAAUCACCACAGAUUGAAAGAGGCGGCCCAUAUUCAAAGUUGGAUUAUGACGAGAACGAGCAAUUUCCUGGACUGGCAAAUAUUGUACAAAUGGAAUGCAAUCGCAAGUAUGGACGACAUCUCGUUGCUAAGUGUGACAUUGACGUUGGAAAAGUGAUUUUGGCUGAAGAUGCUUUCAUUAGCAUGCCCAUAAGGUCAUCGGGAGUAUAUGAACUGUGUGGCAAGUGUUUUAAAAAUUCAAUGAAUUUUAUCGCUUGUGAGAAUUGCGCGACCACGGUGUUCUGCAGUCGAGCUUGUGUUGAAAGUGGUCAAUUUCAUAAACUAUCCUGCGGCAGUGUCUUCAGCGACAACGGAUAUGCUGAUGGUCUGGAAGUGUAUGUAACACGAUCAAUCUUACUUGCGGCUAACAUUUUCCCCAACAUUGAAAAUUUGAUAACAUUCGUCGAAGGUGUUGUCAAUGAUGGCAAAAGAAAUAAAGUACCACCUAGUAUUGCUGACAUGGAAUCCAAGUACCACACGUUUUUGAAGCUUAAUAUUUGGAUGUCUGAUGAGGAGACGAGUGAUUUAUUUGGUCGCGCAAUUAAUGUGUUCCUGAAAGCGGUAGAGCAACCAGCUAUCAAAGCAAAGAUUCGAUCAAAGGAAGAUAAUUGCUUCCUCAUGCACCUGUCACUGAUGCAUACUCGACUCAUAUAUUCAAAUUCGUUUCAAGAUAAGAUAACCGGCGGAAUAUUCUUGAUUCAAAAUCAUAUGAACCAUUCGUGUGCACCGAAUGUAUUGCGUUUCAUGUCAGCAAACAAAACGGUUUGCAUCACAUCGCGUAAGGUGAGAAAAGGAGAACAAAUAUUCACUAAUUAUGGCGACGACACACUGUGGUUUGGCCCAAUUUUUUUGCGUCAAGAGACUUUAUAUCGUGAUUUUGGAUUUCAUUGCGAUUGUGAAAAAUGUUCACUCAACAAUUGGCCCAUUUCAUUCGAGCGUAUCAAAUUAGAUCCAGACUAUCAAUACUUCCAGCGCGAAAGAAAACAUCUUAUGUUCAACGAUAAAGUAAAAUGCAAAGCUAUGGAACAAACGUGCCUACGAAUUUUGGCAAAACACAGUGGAAUGCCGUGGAACGCUGAAGUGGAGACCGUUUGCAACUAUUUACAGAAUUUUUUGAGCGAAACCGCUUUGUACUCUUAGAUGAGACUUCGGGCGUUGCAACGAAGCUGAUGACUUUCGGAAUUCGACAAAAUUACAAACCAUUUUCGAUACUAUUAGUUGUAAGAGGAUCACUAUCAUUUAAGUCUUUGACACUUGUGAAGUGCAACAUGAAAAAUGUCAUAAAAAUCAAAGCAUUUUAAUCUUUAUUAUUAAUAUUAACCAAGCAUUUCCCACUUCAAAUUCUAUCUUAAAUCAAUUAAUAUAAAUGUACGUUAUAAGGCACAAUGA